UGCCCUUAGCUGUUCCGGAAAAAAAAAACGCCAAUCGUUCGCAAUCCCGUCUCUCCUACGCACCCCCGCCCAACCCCGCCGCCCUGCAUCGCCAUCCCGGCCGCCGCCCUCGUCCCCAUCCCGGCCGGCGCCUUGGUGCGCAUCCACGGCCGACGCGGCGCAAGAUCCGGCCGCUCCGGCGCUCCGACGCCCGUCAGGCCAAUAGCAGUGCGCGCGGCUGCGUCCUCCCCACCCCACGCACAGAUCCCGAAGCCGACGCCUUGCCCGCGACGACUGCACAGUCCACGGUCCACACGCACAUGCAAAGCGCGGCGGGUCGCAUGCGCAUCUAGAUCCUCGCGCCAUUGGAACCAACGCCAUCUUCUACCCGGGUUCGGGCGCCGUACCCCUUCUUAUUACCACGCUGCUUCGUCCUCUGCUCCUCGUAGUCUAGCGGACGGGCGGCGAUGGCUGCGGCGGCGAGGAAUGCGGGCGUCCUCGCGCUCUUCGACGUCGACGGCACCCUCACAGCGCCGCGCAAGGUGGUGACGCCUGAGAUGCUAGAGUUCAUGAAGCAGCUGCGCCAGCAUGUCACUGUUGGCGUGGUGGGCGGAUCCGAUCUGGUAAAGAUUACUGAGCAGCUCGGCAGGACAGUUAUUACUGACUACGAUUACGUCUUCUCUGAAAAUGGUCUAGUUGCACACAAGAACGGAGAGCUAAUUGGAACUCAAAGUUUGAAAUCAUUUCUUGGAGAAGACAAGCUGAAGGAAUUUAUUAACUUCACCCUUCAUUACAUUGCUGAUUUGGACAUUCCAAUUAAAAGAGGUACCUUCAUAGAGUUCCGAAGUGGAAUGAUUAAUGUUUCUCCGAUUGGGAGAAACUGUAGCCAAGAAGAACGUGAUGAAUUCGAGAAGUACGAUAAGGUGCAUAACAUUCGACCUAAAAUGGUAUCUGUGCUUCGUGGAAAGUUUGCUCACUUGAACUUGACAUUUUCUAUUGGAGGGCAGAUUAGUUUUGAUGUAUUUCCCCAAGGUUGGGACAAAACUUACUGUUUGAGAUAUCUUGAGGAAUUUCAAGAAAUCCAUUUCUUUGGGGAUAAGACCUAUAAGGGUGGCAAUGAUUUCGAGAUAUUUGAAUCUGAAAGAACAGUUGGCCAUACAGUUACCAGCCCUGAUGACACAGCACAGCAGUGCAGAUCUCUGUUCAUGGCAAAGUAAUCUUCAGCCUAUUUACAACACAUUCAUUCACUCGAAUUUUAUCAUGUGCUCAAGGAUAAGAUAAUGGCUUACCAGAUCUUUCAUUUAAAGCAUCCUUUUGCAUUUUUCUUAAUGGCCACAUCACUUGCUACCAUUUUUUUUCCCUUCCAAGUCCAAACAGGUUGUACUGCUUCACAUUCACAGAUGUUCAGACUGCAUGUGUACACUUCGUGAAAAUAAAUGAAAAUUACCUAUUUUUACUGUA